GUGUGGUGAAAUCACUGCACAAAUCACAUGUUGCUUAAAGUGUGUCCCGACUGCUCGCUGGUGUUGCAUGCGAGUAGGAUUACCGCUUAUUUUUUAUUUUUACGAUGGCCACGUCAGAGAUAAUUGGAGCUUGAAGUAUAGACGCCAGCUCCAACUGUUUACAUGUCGACAGAGAGCGGUUGUCGCUGCCACACGGACGGACUUCGCCUGACCACCGCGGAGCAGGGCAGCCAGUCAAGAUGGACACCGCCGACGAAGGAGACAUCUGCCGGGUCUGUCGGUCGGAGGGGACCCAGGACAAGCCGCUCUACCACCCCUGUGUCUGCACCGGCAGCAUCAAGUUUAUCCAUCAGGAAUGCCUCCUGCAGUGGUUGAAACACAGCAGGAAAGAAUACUGUGAAUUAUGCAAACACCGGUUUGCAUUUACACCAAUCUACUCUCCAGACAUGCCCUCGCGCUUGCCUGUCCAGGAUAUCUUUUCGGGGCUUGUCACCAGUGUCGGAACUGCCAUCAGAUACUGGUUCCACUACACACUGGUGGCAUUCGCCUGGCUAGGUGUGGUGCCUCUCACAGCAUGUCGUAUCUACAAGUGUUUGUUUACUGGCUCUGUGAGCUCACUCCUUACCCUCCCGUUAGAUAUGCUUUCAACACAAAACCUGCUCGCAGACUGUCUCCAGGGUUGUUUUGUGGUCACGUGCACACUGUGUGCCUUCAUCAGCCUGGUGUGGCUCAGGGAGCAGAUUGUCCACGGCGGCCCCCCUCAGUGGUUGGAGCAGAAUCAACCCCCUCUGGUUCCCAACCAGCCCAACGGCCCUGCUGCACCAGCCAAUGACGUACCGGGUGGAAACGCUGCAGUCAACGUCCAGGUGGCUGCAGAUGCCGCUGUAGCACAGCAUCCAGCGGCAGAUGGACUGGCUCCUGCCGACCCACAUGAAGACGGCAACCAGGAAGACGAGGCUGAACUUGACGAUGACGAAGACGAAGAUGGGGAGGAAGAUGAGGAGGAGGAUGAGGACGGCAGGGAAGAGGAUGCCGCUGGUGCCAAUAAUGGAGGACAAGAAGAUUUGAACUGGAACGCUCUGGAGUGGGACCGUGCAGCAGAGGAGUUGACCUGGGAAAGGAUGCUGGGACUUGAUGGCUCCCUAGUUUUCUUGGAGCAUGUCUUCUGGGUGGUGUCUCUCAACACACUCUUCAUCCUUGUCUUUGCUUUUUGUCCAUAUCACAUCGGCCAUUUCUCAGUGGUUGGACUGGGCUUUGAAGACCAUAUCAAAGCGUCACACUUUGAUGGCCUCAUCACCACCAUACUGGGAUACAUCCUCCUGGCUGGAGCUCUCAUGAUUUGCCACGUCCUGGCUUCAUUAGUAAGGUUCCAGCGGUCCAGACGUCUCCUGGGUGUCUGCUACAUCGUUGUCAAGGUGUCCCUGCUGGUUGUCAUGGAGAUAGGCUUGUUCCCACUGAUUUGUGGUUGGUGGCUCGACAUUUGCUCACUGGAGAUGUUUGAUGCCACUCUGAAGGACAGGGAGCAGAGUUUUGACUCUGCUCCUGGCACCACCAUGUUCCUCCACUGGCUGGUCGGCAUGGUCUACGUCUUCUACUUUGCCUCUUUCAUCCUUCUGCUCAGAGAGGUGCUUCGGCCUGGUGUGCUGUGGUUCCUGAGGAACCUGAACGACCCAGACUUCAACCCAGUCCAAGAGAUGAUCCACCUGCCCAUCUACAGACAUCUCCGGAGGUUUAUUCUCUCUGUGGUGGUGUUUGGUUCCAUAGUUUUGCUGAUGCUUUGGCUUCCUAUCAGAAUCAUUAAGCUGCUCUUCCCAGUCUUCCUUCCCUACAAUGUGAUGCUUUACAGCGAUGCCCCAGUUAGCGAGCUGUCAUUAGAGCUGCUGCUGCUUCAAGUUGUUCUGCCGGCACUGCUGGAGCAGGGUCACACUCGACAGUGGCUCAAACGGCUCGUCCACGCCUGGACUUUCACGGCCGGAUACAUGCUUGACCUCCACUCAUACCUGCUCGGAGAACACGAAGACGACGACGACGAUGACAACCAACCAAUCAACAAUCCUCCCGGUCGCCAUAACAACAACAACCGGAUCCCCGGCCUAGGGGAGGGGCUCCACGCUGCUCAUCAGGCUAUACUGCAGCAGGGCGGUCCCGUGGGUUUCCAGCCGUACCACCGGCCGGUCCACUUUCCCCUCAGGAUCAUCCUGUUGGUUGUUUUCAUGUGUGUGACGCUGCUCCUGGCUAGUUUCAUCUGCCUUACACUGCCCGUGUCUGUGGGUCGCUGGCUGAUGUCCUUCUGGAUGGGCAGUGCCAUGGUCCACGAGCUGUACACGGCAGCCAGUGGUCUCUACGUCUGCUGGCUGUCCAUUCGAGCCGCCACAGUGAUGCUGUCCUGGAUGCCACAGGGACGAACCGUCAUCAUGCUCAAAGUCCAGGAGUGGACGCUCAUGAUUCUGAAGACCGUUGUGGUGGCUGUGCAGUUAGCUGGAGUGAUUCCUCUGCUCUUGGGUCUGCUGUUUGAGCUCGUCAUUGUCGCUCCUCUCAGGGUCCCACUGGACCAGACGCCACUCUUCUAUCCCUGGCAGGACUGGGCGCUUGGCGUGCUCCAUGCUAAAAUCAUCGCCGCCAUCACACUGAUGGGCCCUCAGUGGUGGCUCAAAACUGUCAUCGAACAGGUGUAUGCUAACGGUAUUCGCAACAUCGACCUCUAUUUCAUCAUGCGCCGGCUGGCUGCCCCAGUCAUCUGCGUCCUACUGCUGUCUCUCUGUGUGCCCUACACCAUCUCUGGAGGCAUUACACCACUGCUUGGUGUGCAGCCAGAGAUGCAGACGCUGGUGGAGAGGAGGAUCUAUCCGUUCCUGCUGAUGGUGGUGUCUCUGUUGGCCAUCCUGUCCUUCCAGAUACGGCAGUUCAAACGCUUAUAUGAGCACAUCAAAAACGACAAAUACUUAGUUGGACAGAGACUGGUGAAUUAUGAACGCAAGGCGGGCAGGGGCGCGUCCGCCCCCUCCUACAGCACCUCCUCGUAGAGCUGACUCUGCUCUGGGAUCAGUGGAGCUGACUCGACGUCGAGCAGUGGGAGCUGCCAUCAGCUCCUGAGGUGAAACCCCUUUGCUUCCUCUCUGCUUGGCUGUCGGCUUCAAACUCCACCUCUAAGCUUCCGACUGAGUCCUGGUGCUCUUAUCAACUGCAGUCGCAGGUUUCGGAGACAAAGACCUGGAAGAGUGUCAACUUACAAACCUGUAAAAACCCUCAGCGUGAUUGAAACUCAGCAGAACCACCGCCUUGUUCAUCCUGUCUAAUGUGUCUGUUUUUGUCUUCAGUGCAGCUGACAUUUUAAAUUGGAAAAGGUUUUUGAUGAAGCCGGGUCAGUUAGCUUUUACCUCAGAUUGUGCUUCCCUUUGAAUGCCUGUUGUGAAAAAUUGUUUAGGUCACACUGCGUCUCUUAUGGGGACAUUUUCGGAGUUGUGGGGGAGAUAGUAGGACUUUAACGGGGGACAUCUUUGUGGUCCUGCUCUUGUUGUAGAGUUGUCUCAGACGGCACGCUUUCAUCAGGCUGAGGUUGUCAGUGAUAAGGAGGGACAUACAUCAUGUAGCAAUGUAAUUGUAUUAUUUUAUUUUAUUUUUUUAGAUAUUUUUACUAGAUGUGUUUUUCAUUGAUUUUAGUAAUACUUUUCUGGAGUGAGCAGUUAGAUAAUCCUCUGAGGAAUCCUUUGAACUACAGAUGUAGAGUGUACAGUCAGGACACUUUAUGUUUUACUACCUUCCCGAGCUUUUGGUUUCGUUACAGACACUUUCAAACUGGUCAAAUCCACCUUCGGGAGAUGAGAGCUUAUUCACUUGAAGGGGGGGGGGAGUCACAUGUUGAUGUGCAGCACAUACAAAGUGAGGCUUCAACUGAGAACAUUUAAACAGAAAAGCAGCCUUUCGGAAUUGUAUAAUGUGAUUGUGUAAUCCCCUUAGAGAUUGACACUGAUUGAACUAACAGUUAUGAGACAGCCGCUAAAACCGACUUUAGAUGACAAAACGCAGAUUUAUUUUCAAUAGAAAAGUGACGCAAGUGACUAAAAUGCAGGGUUUCCCCCAGGAAACCAGUGACUGGAUAUGGCCACUGUUUACCUUUUAUGUUUUAUACCUUCUAAAAAAACUCAGGUUUCUGGUUUUGUCUUUCAUCGCUGUCCCGUGCUAAUAUCAAUCUGUCAGGUUGUAACAAUGGUUGCCUACCCACAUGUAUGGCCUUUGUCGUGAGAUGUGUUCCAUCACACUCAAAACUAAACUUAAUUCAGUGACAACUGAGAAGUUGAAGAGUAAAGGGGGUCAUGGGAAAUAUGGUAGACGUGAUGUACACAGGGGAGAUUUAAAAUUCCAUUUUCUCAAAAAUGAUACAACAGAGUUACAAAGCAUUAUGCUAAUAAAGUCCAGAUAAAAGACUAGCCAAAUAAACAGCGUUGCUUAGCAUUAUUUGUUUCCCACACCUCUUCAGCUUCUUGAAUACUAACUCUGAAACACGUAUUUCUCAAUGGAACAGAAGUCAUAUUUAGAUUUACAAAGCGCUUAGUUUAAACAUACUAGAUUGCCUCCUGCUUUUGACAGUUAUGCUACAAUGACUUCCUUCAUACAUAGCUGGGUGCUUUUGAUUGGACAGAACUAAAACUGUUUUCUAACAAGAAGUUUUCACAUUAAUAGCAAACACAUUCCUGGUUUUCUGAUGGUGCAAUUGACCUGAUUCUGCAAAUCACAAGCGGGAAACUAGCUCAGGCCUGCCGAAUAACACGACACACACACUUUGUCAUUUACGCAUACCUGCUUCAGUUGGAUCCUGCUACUUUUUGCCUGACUGAUAAUGUUGUAUUUCAUAAAUGUAAUAAUUUCUUUUGACUGUAGCAGAGGCAGAUUUUAUUGCCGGCAAGGCUGCGAUGAAAGAAAUAUAUAAUUUGAUGGGUAGUGUCAAAAUGGAGAACAAUGAAGAAAUGCAAGAAUGCACAGAAACAAGAGUGAAUAAAUACUCACAAUUUUCUCCCAACUUUUUUCAAAAAAAUCACUUUCUGUGGAAAAAAAAAAAAAGUUAGAUGUUAAUGGGUUGUACUGUUCCUACAUUUCCCAAAAUGCAGUGUCUUUCUUUCGACCCUCCGUUCACAUCUUUCGAAUUCACAUCUUGUGAUGCAGACCUGAGCUAACCCUGAUGACAUCAUAAGAAUAAUCACCAUAUUCCCUGCCCUUUGUAAAGCAAGUCUCCAGCGCACUGUGCCGUUGGAAAUGUAGAAUAAUCUGUGCACCGAAAGAAAGACACGAAUGCUCGUCUACAGUCGGUGAAAUACUUAUGUUUCUUCACAUAAUUCAAAACACUAUAAAGUCUUGUGUUACACACCAGCGCAGCCUCGACCUGUGUGGUUAUGUUGGUGAGCAGUGCGUGCAGUUCAGCGUCUGAAUCAUGGGACGGCAGACUUUUGAGUUUUCCCUUUGUAGCCGUGCUCGUUCAGCUCAUUCUCUCUCCGGCAUUUGUGAAUCUGUACCUUUGCUGGUGACGUGACUCACUGAAACGUCCCCUCUGGCCCGACAGUCGGAGGCUGACCUUGUUGGUGUCUUUGAGGACGGGAGCAGGAGCUGAUGCACUCUCUGUCCACGUCGCUCGCGUCCAUCACAUACUGCCCGCUGAAGUGAUCCUGUCACCGAAUUCCCUUCUGGAGGCACGUCGAUGUGCCGUGGGUUCUUUUAGAGGAGCCCCCCCCCCCCCCCUUUUUUCUUUUUUUCUUUUACACCUUGCGAUUACUUCAGCACUUCUGGUCUACGGUUGCAGCUGCAACGGUCGAAAUGACGCUUCACAUACAGAGUGUAAAUGUGGCCCAGAAAUGUCACAGUUGGACGGUUUGAUUUUCAGUAGUGUGGUGAGGACACUAAAGCUAAACACUAAAUGUCCACCAGUGUUAAGUCUGUCAGGACAGUUUAACUGUGCCGCGUUUGAAGCUGCAGGGGACAGGAGCUGUAGUUUAGUCAGAGGAGCCCGUGGCUGCGUUGGUUUUCCGAUACUGACAGUCGAAAUACUUCUGGAUCCAACAGGAUUCUCUUUUGAACUUCGGCCGUCUCCUGACUGGCGGGAGCUGAGCAGUGAGCUGCGCUCCGACUCGCUCACUUCGAUUUUCUUCUUUGAUGAGGUGCAACGUUUCGGUUUGUGUAUCAGCAGGUAUUUCUGUGGAUGAGAAGUCGCAGGUUAGCGGAAGGAACUCUGAACGUCGCUCUGUGUUAUGACUGCAGACACUGAUGCUGUCGCAGGAGAUGGAUGCGUGUGAGGUGCAUUGUUGGGACGGUGGUGGACCUGCUGAUGAGUGACAGCAGUCGGUGUGCGUCAGCGGCUCGUCACCUCCUCCUCUUGUUCCUCUUCUCUCUCCACACCUCCGACCAGUUGCCCCUCGGUUGUCUUGCGGUUUGAAAGGAGAAAUGACAUCAUCUCGCUAUUACAGGUGGAAAGUCUCAUUGAUGAACACAAAAACGAAUCAACAAGAAAACAAAUAUGCAUACAUGUUGAGAUGAUACAUAAUCAGUGUCCAGGUGUUUCUCUCCCAGCGUCUCAUCUCUGCACAAUAAAACCGUAUCGAUAAAUUAAAACUUAAAAAAAAUUACUGAAGGCUUUUAGAUUAUUUCUAAUGACUGAAACCUGCCCCUUCCGUUGUUUAUGGGGAGAUUUUUAAAAUGUUUUUUAAGUUGUUGUUUUUUGUUGUUGUUGACAAUAAUAGUCGAGUAGGGAUUGAGAUGUUUUUUUGUUUUGUUUUCAUGCAAAUGUUUGAAUGUGUUGCACUUUAUUACACAGUUUGAAAUCAUCUCAGAAUCUGUUAAGUGGCUCGUGUGUUCUUCACUGAGAGGUGGCGAUAUUUUACUGUGGUGGCGACUGCACAACGGGUUUCACACAAAAGAUGCAUUUCGGUUGAGCAUCUGUUUUUUCAAUUUCUGCGUCUGCGUUGGGGGCGUUUUCAUUUUUUGACUUUGGUGAACAUAAACAGCUUUUCUAUUGAUUAGGGGAUUGUGAGUGACUUUAACCUCAGCGCUGACAGCCGCAGUGUUGCCAUGUGGAAUGCUCAAAUGAAAUAAAUAUGCGACGCUACGAAGUGACCUUUUUAUUUUCUCGUUGACCUGAGCCGGACACUUCCCAUUUUUGAUCUUGAAUUUCAAUUUCUAGAAUCACAUGAUUUCUAUUUUUAUAUAUGUGCAAAAAAAAAAAAAGGCCGUGGCAUGUACUGUAUCAUAAAGGUGUACACUUUUAAGGUCAAUUAAUUGUUGGUUCAUCAACAUGAAACAAUAAUAAAUCAUUUUUGAGUUCUUCAA